AUGCCACAAAUGGGCGUCCAGCCGGUUCCUGUGCAGUCCAUCCAGCCCCUGCCGCCUGGAACCGUGGGCCUUAUAAUUGGCAGAGGAUCGUUAACCUUAAACGGUUUAAUUGUCCACCCCGGGCUAGUUGACUGUCAACAUGGCUCCGAGAUCCAAGUCCUGUGCACAUGCCCAGGAGGAGUUUUUUCUAUUACCAAAGGAGACAGGAUAGCUCAAUUGCUGCUCCUCCCAGAGGUCGCCGGACCUUCAGAGCCUGGGCGAGAAAAAAUGGGCUCCUCGGGCAUGGAUUCCGCGUACCUGAUGGUUUCCCUAAAUGAGAGACCUAAACUAAAGUUAUGGGUUGAAGGAAAACUGUUUACCGGCAUCAUGGACACCGGUGCGGAUAAGAGCAUUAUUUCCGCCCAUUGGUGGCCAAAGUCCUGGCCUGUCAUUAAAUCAUCACACUCUCUACAGGGCCUCGGUUAUCAGGCCAGUCCUACUAUUAGUUCCGCUCCCUUGUCUUGGGAGACGGCAGAAGGACAAAAGGGCUGUUUUACUCCCUACGUGCUUCCGCUCCCCGUUAACCUCUGGGGGCGCGAUGUUUUACAAGAGAUGGGAAUUAGGUUGUCUAAUGAAUACUCUCCUCAGGCUAAGGAGAUUAUGGCCAAGAUGGGACAUAAACAGGGAAAGGGUUUAGGAGCCAGGGAACAGGGUCGGAUUGAACCUAUUCUCCCUGAAGGCAACCCAGGAAGACAAGGUCUGGGUUUUCCCUAA